AUGUGGGCUCAUCUCUCGUUGAAUUCUCAAAAUCGCUGCGUUCUUCGACUUGGUCUUCAUCCAGGUCCUUUUGGUUUGAAGGAAAAACGCGAUGUUGAAAGCCUUCCAAUUAAUCAACAGCAACGCGAGCGCGAUCUGUUUGAAAAUCCCCAUUGUCUCAUUCGCGAGCACCUUGAAUUCUUAGUUGAAAGGCAGAAAUCGAUUAUACUCCUGUGUAAAUGCCUUCUAAUGCUCUCCUUCCAUCUGCUUCAGUUCCUUUCCUCUACUUCCGACUUUAUGGUUACCAUGGAAGCUCUGCGCAAACCCACAAUCAUUAACAAUAUAUCGAGGUCUCCUAUUGUCGUCCAGUCAGCCCGUCCCGUGCGUAGUAUGUCUCUGAUGGCACUCUCCUGUUGUGAUCUUAAUCUUGUCUACAGAGGCACUUUAUGUCUUCGGUUGACUUACAAAAUCCCUGAGCAUGGAGACCAAGGCCUUGUUUUCUUUUCUGACGGAUGUCACAAUCUGGACCUUGGAGCUAAUUCAUCUCCACAGAAAGGAGGUGGAAUUUCAAGUGAGAUCUAUCCUGUUCAAGGUUUUGUCCCUCUUCCGGCCUUUAAACAAUUCCUUGACUCGAUGAAGAAGGCAUUCAAUGUAGAAGAGGGUUCCAUGCCUUUUAAUGCCUUUACAGUUUCUCAACUGGACCGCAUUGUCACUAAUUCGAAAGCUGAUCCAGAGGACCCACUUGCUGUAACCAUCUCUCCAUUGGAAAAGUACUUUUCUUCUAGCUUGAUCUUCCAUGCCUCAAAUCAAGUUAUGAACUCUCUUCGCUGGCAGAUUUCGGCACCUUUGGAUAUAGAUACUGGUGAAUUCACUGCUAAAUCGCAUCCGGAUAAGGGUAUAGAAGUGAAAGUGAAAAUGUACAUAUGGGAUGAUCCUGUGGAGGGAAAUCUUCCCAGUUGGCGACUUCAACUCAAAGUUUCUUCUGAUCUUGAAAAAAGUUAUACUUCAAAUGAAAGUGGAGAAUUUUCUGCCAAGAUUGAGGAGUUUUUCAGUAGAAGGGUUUGCUCUGUCUCACCACAAGCUUCAGCCAUCACGUCCUUCUUCCGUCUCAUGACCCUUCCCUUCAAAACCCUCUACGAUCUAGUAUCCAACGUUUUUGCCUGGGAUCUUGAUGGAGGCUCCUCCACAACAGGAACCACCAACUCCUCGACAUCUCUCCGCGUUGGACUCGUCUCUUUCACCUCUGCUGCUCCUGAACCUUCGGUGGUUUUAUCCAUGCCACACACGCUCAUCAUGCAGAUCAUCCUUACAAGGCCUAAUACUGCUCUAAGCAGCCAGCAGGAGAUAGCUCCGGGCACAUCCAUGGCUUCACAACGAAACCCCAGAGUCGAGGUGUUAACUCUGACCUACGACACAGCGAAGAAUGUUGUCGCGGUUUUGGGUCCAUCGAAGAAGCCGCAAAAGUCGCGCUAUUCAGCGCUGGAGGAUAUGGUUAAUCAACGUUUCAGGAACACUCAAGCCUGCACGCUGGUUCAGUUCAUCUCUCAUCUUCGACAGGGAGGUCCAAUCAUUCAACAGCAGCAGCAGCAACAACAACAACAACACGCUCCGCAGCCUUCUCAACAGAUGCCUCCACAACCGCAAACGCAACAGCUGCAGUCCCAGCAGAUGUCUCAACAAAUGCAUCAACCGAUGCAACAGUAG